GGGCAAAUGAUGCUGCACGCAACGGCCAAAACGCACCAGUCCAACCGCCAGAAGCAAAAUCUGUUUGGUUGUUCCAGCAAGAUUUCGGAAGUGCAGAUGAAUUCAGCACAUUUUUGGAGACUGAAGGUUGCUGGUCUAAAUUGAAAACUGAACAUUUAAACAAAGGCGUCAAAACAACGUACCGAUGCAACGAUGUGAAGCGUCGUGGUGAACAAUGCAAUGCGGGUGUCUACACGUUGCAUGGUGGCAUUCCGAAUGACCCAUCGAUCAAACUAUUCCGAAAGAGUUUGGAUCAUUCAUGCGGCACAUCGACCAAUCGCAACAAAAGCGUUCCGGACGACAUUCAACAGUUUAUUAUUGAUCAAUACAACGUUGGCAACAAAUUGCAAGCAAUAAUAAUGCUUCUGCGCAAUCGGCCAGAUUUGCAAACAAUCCCAGACGAAAAGCAAGUGAAAAAUGUGAUCCAAUAUUAUCGGAAAAAGACGAGCGUCGACCCAGAUGUUUCGAUUGCCAACUUGAAAGAUUUCGUGAACGCUCACUCAGCUGUGCCACAAUCUUUGGACGACGCUUUCAUUGUGAGUGCAGAGUUUUCCCCUCCGCUUACACCCGAUGACCAAAAGUUUUUCCGCAUCUUCUACUCAACCAAGCGCCUGCUCACGCAUGCAACAUUGUGCAAUACCUUACAUUGUGACGGCACAUACAAACAGUUGAUUCACGGUUUUCCAAUCCUUGUCAUUGGCAUAACGGAUAUGGCGAUAAAAUUUCACUUGACCGGCAUCGGAGUGUGUUCCGGAGAGAGCACCAACGAUUACAAGUUCCUGUUCGAUUCGUUGAAACUCGGUGUCAGUAAGGCGACAGACAAGGAACUUCGUCCAAAGGCUGUAAUGGGUGAUGGUGCUGCUGCCAUUUCACGAGCGGUGCAGCUAUCGUUCGAGGAAAACGUCGUGCGCAUGAUGUGCUUCUAUCAUGUUAUGGCUAAUGUUGAAAAAAGAUCAUUCAACAAGGGUGAAAAUAAGGCCGACAUCAAAGAUGACAUCCGCACACUACGUCACAGCUAUGACCAGGCAACGUUCGAUGCUGGCGCAAAGUUAUUUCUGAAGAAAUGGCAAAAGAAGGAAAAGGAUUUUUUGGCCUACUUUCAAGAACAAUACCUCAAAAAUUUGCCAAAUUGGUACUUCGGAGCAUCGAAAGAAGCGUCAAAUGCGGGCGUUCCAGGCACAAACAACGCUACGGAAAACUUCAACAAGUCUAUGAAGCAGACGCAAACGAACUACGAACGAAAGGUCAUCGGUACGCCAAACCACUUUACAAAAGAUGAUACGGAAUUCUUCGUCUUUUCCGGUGAACGACCUGGCAAAGUGACAUCCGCCGAUGUUCUGAAAUUCAGUGAACAAAAAUGGAAAAAUUUCAAAGAAUUCGCUCAAAACGCAUUCCAAAUGCACCGCAUCCAAAUCAACCGCUCGGAAUGGAAACAAUCAGUUUGUACCUGUCCCGCUUUUGGCCAUGACUACAUUUGCAAACACAUUGUUCACCUGGCGUACAAACUUGCUCUUCUGGAACCACCGAUGGAUUUGCUGGAAAAAACCACAAGUGUUUCUCCAAAGAAGAAUCCACGAGGUCGGCCACGCAAAGCUACUCCAGCUUUAAUUCGUGAUUAGGGUCAUUUCGUUUUUCUUUAUUCAU